AUUCGCGGUGGGCGGGGCUGUCUCAGUCAGUCUGGUCCCGGAGUACGGACCGGAGCGGGCGGGGGGAGGAUGUUGCCCGGCCGGAGGAACGUUUACGUGUUGCUGGACGUUCUGUGCGUCUGUGUCGCAUCCUUGCCGUUUAUUAUUAUGACACUGGUAAACAGGCCGUACAAACGAGGUUUCUAUUGUGAUGAUGAAUCAAUUAAAUACCCAUACCGAGAUGACACCAUAACUCAUGGUCUAAUGGCUGGAGUCACCAUUUCCUGCACAGUUAUAAUUAUCACUUCAGGAGAAAUGUAUAUGGUAUUUUCAAAGCGCCUGUACUCCCGCUCAGAGUGUAACAAUUAUGUGGCUGCACUCUACAAGGUGAUAGGAACAUUUCUCUUUGGUGCCUCUGUCAGCCAGUCUCUCACGGAUCUAGCCAAGUACAUGAUAGGCCGACCACGCCCUAACUUUUUGGCUGUGUGUGACCCCGACUGGAAAACGAUUAACUGCUCUGGAUAUGUGGCAGAAAUUGAAUGUCGUGGAAGCCAUGCCAAUGUAACUGAGUCAAGGUUGUCUUUCUAUUCUGGGCACUCUUCAUUUGGAAUGUACUGCAUGUUGUUCCUCUCGUUAUAUAUCCAGGCCCGUUUGUGUGGAAAGUGGGCUCGCCUUCUACGGCCCACAAUACAGUUUUUCCUCUUGUCCUUUGCUUUGUAUGUUGGAUAUACACGUGUAUCUGAUUAUAAACACCACUGGAGUGAUGUUCUGGUGGGACUUCUUCAAGGGGCACUUGCUGCUACGCUCACAGUACGUUAUGUUUCUGAUUUCUUCAAAGUCAGACCGCCUCUCCAGUGUACCAAAGACCCUCUUGAGACCAAACCAAGUCUCCAACUAUGUGAAACAGACCAGAAUCACUUUGGAUACCUGGGAGGAUCAUGAGAAUUUUUGUUGCCCCUCUGAGCUGUACCAACUUAAUUGUUGAGCUCUACCUGGCUAGAAGGCCUAUAUCCAUGUCAGCUGGCCGCUCCAAGGGGCUAAUGGACUGAACAGGCGGGUUUCUCUUAGAUGAGACGUGCUUGGAUUUUUUUUAAAUGAGAAUUUGUGACAUCCCUUUUUUUCAGCACAAAAGCCAAAGUAACUUUUUAUAUCAAUUUAUGUAUAAAGAGAGGAAUAUUGAUAUUUCUAUAUUUGAAUUGUGUAUAAGGUUGAAUGUCUUUGUGUAAGCAUUUUUCCAAUUUGUUAUGAAACGAGUGAGCGAGAUUGGAGCUCUGUGUGCAAUAUGACGAUUUGUAUGUGUGCCAGACAGGCAUUCCAAGUGAGAGAUUGUUUCCCUGUUCUCUGACAGCCAAAGGUUGGCAUGAGCUGGGCAUCAUAGUGAGUGCAUAGGUCUGUUUUGCGUUUUUCUGCUGUGUACAAUCUGACUGCUUGUCCUCUACAUGGAGGAGAAAUUAUAUAGUUGAGCAGUUAUCCUUACUUUUUGCAUAGAAUGCCUAUGAGUGACUUGUAUGUGUAUCGAAACCACUGCUUUAUACCUCUCCCCUUUCAAAGGAAUGACCAGAGCAUAUGGAGCUAUGGGGAGAGGUUAAUGGAAAAGAGCCGCCUUAACACUCUUGUAUAUAUUUUGUGUGUUGGGUUUAACUGUGUAUGUACUAUACUCCAAUUCUGUGGGUUGUAAAUAAAGCAAUCACCCCAUCCUUAUUUGGCUGUGAAUGGG